AUGGGUUAUACAUCGAUUUGUGUUACAAUUUUCGUAGUGUUAUACAUAAGUGCAACCUCAGGCACCGAUCUAAAUUUGGGAACGACUGUAAAUGGUCAGUUAGCUUACGUAGAGAACGUGAAGUUAUCAUCUUUCCCUCUGAAGGUUAGAACCAAGAAUGUAUUCUACAAUGACGAGCAAAAUCCUAAAGUUAUAAAGGGUAUAUCAGCAGUAGAUUUACUCAGAGGCAAUGCAUCAGCCACAAUCACUGCUGGUGGUGUGGGCACCACGUUCGCCAAUAUACGAUUGAAGAGUGAACGAGGUGAAGGACUGGAUUACCAAGUUCAAGUGUUCGUCUGA